ACCAUGCUGAACAUGCUGCUGCUGUGCUGUGGGCUGCUGCAGGGCAUCCAGGCUGUCCUAACCACUGAGCUCAGCUGCAGCCACCUGCAGAAGGGGAGUGGUGGGCUGGAGGGGGUGGACAGAGUGCGUCACUCCAACCUGCAGAAGAAACUCAAGGAGGCAUCUCCAGAGCCAUCAGGAGCUCUCCCCAGGUUGGGGUUUGAGCAGAUGGCCCUGGAAGUCCAAGAAGCUGAUGGUGACCUUGCGCAGAGAGGCAGUGUGCUGCAACCAGAGGCAUCAUCCACAGAGCUGCAGGGCCGUGAGGAGCGCUCCCCCCGCCGCUGUGUCCGCCUGCUGGAGUCCUGCCUCGGCCACCAGGUCCCCUGCUGUGACCCUUGUGCCACCUGCUACUGUCGCUUCUUCAACGCCUUUUGCUACUGCAGGAAAAUCAGCACCAAUUUCCCCUGCGGCAAGAACUAG